CGCCUGUCUGAGCCUUUGCGGACAGAGGGCGGACGGAGAACACAACUCGAACCAGCAAUGUCUGAAGGCAGGCCAGUUCAGGUCGUCAUCCUCGGCGCAGGGGUCAUCGGCCUCACCAUCGCCCACACUCUGUUGACCACCUCUCCCAAUGCGUACAACAUCAAGAUCUCGUUUGCGAGUCCAUGGGCGGGGGCGAACUGGUCACCGAUUAGAAGCUUCGAGGAGAGGACGCGGACGUGGGAGCGAGCAACAUUCAACAAGAUGUGGGAAUUGAUUCCCCAAGGGCUGGCUAUGGCGCUUCCCUCGCGGGUAUUCUUCACGACGAACGAAGAUCUCAGCCAAUUGUGGUACAAGGAUCUCGUCAGAGACGGCGGCAUCGCGUUUAAGACCUUCUCCGUCAACCCGGAGCUCUACCUCCCCUGGCUCCAGUCCGAGCUGCUCGCGCGCGGCGUAGAGUUCGUCCGCAGGAGGGUGCACAGCCUUGGCGAGGCAGUCGCCCUCGCAGGCCCGAACAGCGUCCUCGUGAACGCAACCGGCCUAGGCGCCCGCUCCCUGGUCGGCGUGGAAGACACGGACGUGUUCCCCAUCCGCGGGCAGACCAUCAUCGUGCACGCGCCCGGCCUCAAAGAGUUCAUCUCGCUCCCGCUCGGUACGGGCACGCAGGGCCAGGCGACCUACAUCAUCCCGCGGCCCUCGCCGCCGGGCGAGGUCCUGCUCGGCGGGACCUUCCAGCCGGACAACUGGGACACCUCGCUCGACGUGCCGACGGCGAAGGGCAUCUUUGAACGGUGCGCCGCGCUGGCGCCGCAGCUAAAGGACGCGGAGACGCGGGUCCUGCGCCACAACGUUGGGCUGCGGCCGGCGAGGAAGGGCGGUCCGCGCGUGGAGGCGGCGUGGACUGACGUGCCGCUGAAGAGCGAGCUGCUGCCGCUGCGGGAGAGCGAUGUGGGUGCGGAAGGACGCGUGUUGCUUGUCCACGCGUAUGGAUUCGGCGCUGCGGGAUACCAGAACUCGUGGGGCGCCGCGCAAGAGGUGACAGACUUGAUCGCAAGCAAAUUGAACAAUUGAGAGAGGGGUGGUUGCCCGGGCUGCGCCAACGUAAGAAGAUCGCAACGGGAUGUAUGCUAGGUCGAGAAAACGUCUUACCGGUCAGUGUGUAGCAGCAAACUUGAAUGACGCGUAUGUAAGCGCCAAAUGUAUAGUUGCCUCGUACAGCUCAAAUAGCACUCAUGUAUCAGCAUCGCGUAGUUAGAGA